AUGGAUGAGUUUGAAGAGGAAUCCGAGGAUGAAACUGAUGAGGAGAUUGCUCCUCAAGUCCAGAUUGAUGGUGAAUUACAAGGUGAAGGUGAUGCCAGAACUGAGCAAGCAGCCGAAAAUGUUGAAGCUCCUCAUGCCCAGGAGGAAAGAAGGGAGACUUCUCAGCAUUCCAGCUAUAGACUGUCAGAAGAUUCUGAUCAUUUCACUCCUCGUCUCAAGUAUGACAGUGUGGAUCAGUUUAAGAAUGUUGUUGUACUGCAUUCCGUAGCAGCAGGGGCAUGCUUGAGAUGGAAGAGGAGUGAGAAGGAUAGAAAAGAGGUUAUAUGCAAGGAUCAGAGGUGCAAAUGGAAGGUUUAUGCGAGCUGGUUUAGGAGGAAUCACAUUUUCAUGGUUAGGAAGGUUGGACAGCUGCACUCUUGUAAUCGCAACCUACGUGUCAAUCAAGUUACGGCCAAGUGGAUUGCAUCUGAUAUGCUGGACAGGUUCAGAAUCAAUCCAGAAUGGAGUCCUGAUCAGAUUAUGGCAGAAAUCAAGUUGAAGCACAAUAUGGAGGUGAAAAAGAGAACAUGUUACCGGACUAAGGUGGAAGCGGUUAAAAUUUUAAGUGGUUCUUUAGUGGAUGAGUAUCAUGUCUAUGCCUGCAAUGAAGUUGAUUGGAAGAAGGCAACUGCUGAAUUGGAGGAGAUUGAAGGUAAUGACCCACUUAGCACACCUUUUAAAGACUUAAUGGACCAAGAACCUAGAUACUUCUGCCGAUCCUUCUUAUCUCAUUUACCUAAGUGUGACUCAGUGGAGAGUAAUAUCUGUGAAACCUGGAAUGGAAUGAUUGUUAAGUAUAGGGGAAUGAGAAUGAUAGAUAUGCUCGAGGGAAUUAGAAAGAAGGUAGAAAAAGAGAAGGAGCUUGCUAGGUUGUGCACAUCUAAGCAAACCUUGGAUUUGAAGUGUGAGGUGAAGAUGGGUAAUUCAGGGUACAUAGUUGAUCUCCAAACUAAGACAUGUACUUGUGGGUACUGGUCUCUGAGCGGUUUGCCAUGUUGCCACGUUGUUUCGGCAAUCACACACCUGAGGAAGGAUGUGGACGACUACGUCCAUGUUUCAUAUCAUGUGAAUCAUGUGAGGGAGGGCUAUAAGGCUGGCAUCCCUUGCUUGGAUGGAAGACAGGCAUGGCCUGAAGCCACUGGUUAUCCAGUAUUCCCUCCCAAGCAAAGGGCGCAGCCUGGAAGGCCAAAGAAGAACCGGAGGAAAGCUGCUCACGAGCUUGAGGUUCGACCUCAAGCUCAUGGAAUCGGUGAAGAAGUGUCGAGGAGGGGAACUGUCAUCCACUGCAGCAAGUGUGGAGCUCAGGGGCAUAAUGCACGGACCUGUAAAGAGCCUGUUUCAAAUGGUGCCCCCGAGAGACAGGGAAACAUAAUUACAGCGAGGAGAACUCGCGGUUCAAUUGCUCAGCCAACGCCACAGCCAACUGCUCUGCCAACAGCUCAUAACACCGGAAAGAGGCCAAGGGUGGGUCAUUGUUCGAAGUGUGGUUCAGCAACCCACAAUGCAAGAACUUGUCCUAUAAACCAAGGGAGUGGAAUACAACAUGUGAGGUUAAAUGUUGGUGAUCGAAGGACAAUUGCACGCGAGAUGCGAGUUGCAACAGCUGGAAUCGGUGUAUAUGUGAAUGAGACCACUGGAAAUACAUAUGUUAGGCUGAACGGAGCAAAUGGUCGUCCAGUGGGUGGAAUUCAGCCAACAGUGGUGGAUGUCCAAGGAAGUCAGACACCUGUCACACAACCUUAG